AGAAAUUAUUAGUGGUUGUGUAUACGAUAGAUGAAAGGGGCAAAGAGAGCAGGAAGUUGUAGUUUCACUGCGCGGUGGAUUUAUUUCGGAAUCUGAUCGGAAUAUUUCGGAAAUUUACAUGGAUUGGAGCGACGCCUGACGGAUUUUGGACUUUUAAAAUGCAGGAAAUUAAAACUUGAAGGAUGAGUUUACAUGUUGCCACGUCGUUCCCCAACAAGCUGUAAAAGAUACAAUAUUGGCGAAUUCAUCAUAUUUUUAUCGACUAACCAAAAGCAGCUGAUAUUGUAAGUUUAUUAUUCUUGACGUCAAACUCACGUACUUCUCUAAAUAGAAUUUUAUGCUUGAAGGACAAUAUCAUAAAUUAGUUUGCUGGAGGCAGACAACCAAGUGCUUUGUAAUGCUAACUCGCGGCUUAUAGAACAGCAAGUCAAGGAGCUUGUUGGACACGAACACGACACUAUGGCUGACUUGGAGGUCACCAAAAGAGGUUCAAAAACAACUAAUAAAGACUUUCAAGCCCAUCCGAAAGAAGAUGAACCUUCUAAGGAUACAUUGAAUUCCAGAGGCUUCCCAUCUGAUCGGACUGUGUGGAUAGUUUUCUUUUCACUGCUUGUUGACUUGCUUGCUUUUACUGUAAUUUUGCCACUGUUUCCUUCAUUACUGGAGUUUUACGCCAGCACGGAGGUAAGCUGCAACAGCUCGUUAGUCAAUAUCAAGUUUGAAGCUGAAAUGUCAUGCCCCAUCGCGUUAAUUUUCAAUCAUUCUGUAGGCAGUGAAUUAUCAACAUGUAUAACAUGUACUGGUGCAUUUGAAAGGCACUUAAAGCCCGCACCAAACCUCCAUGAUAGUUGAUGACCGAUUGUUGAUGUUACUUUGUUAAGCAAUCAUGAUCCACUGACACUAUUAGCUAUCAUCAACUAUCACUGACUGUCAUCAACAGUCACAUACUUUGAACAUGUUCAAAUUUUUUAUGAUAGUCAAUGAUAGUUUUUCCCAUUUGGUACCCCUAAAUGUAGUUGAUGAUAGUUUUUCUGUCAGCUGUUUCUUGACUGACUUGAUGGGCUCAGACAGACAUUGAGCAGCAUUGUCAAGUAUAAUGAGACAUCUCAAAUUAUUUUAAAAAGACCAGGGUCCCAUUAUCUUCUUCUAGCACAUUAACCUUAUACUUUAAACAAAUUAUGGCUCUUAAAUAAAGAGGAAUGCUUAGGGUUUACACCACACACUACUGAAGUGACCCUAAAAUAUUACUGACAAAUUUUUUUUACACUUUCAUAUGCCCAGAGAUUGGAAAGUAGAGCUUGCAGGGGCAAAUGCACAAUUUCUGGUUCCAACUACCAUGAACUAUCAGGUGCUAUCAUGACCGUUUGGCCGCAGGCCAUGAUGGUAUAGUGGAUGAUGGUUGAAACUAUCACCUGAACUACCAUGAACUAUAAACACUGUUUGGCCCCUGCAGCUUUAAAAAGUAAAUGCAUUAAAUGCAAGUAAGUUUAAGCUGAUAGUGUUCAAGAAUGGAAAGUUAUGACAGGUUUUUCCUCAUUAAAAAAAAUAUGCUACAUUUUUCCAUCUACACUUCCAAGUGUUUCUCUUUAAAUGAUUUUUAUUAAAUGAUUUUUAUUAUUCUGUAUCUAGUUUUCUGCAGUUUUUUAACCAAAUUAAAAAUAUAUAAUAACAGUAACUUGUAACAAUAAUAAUUGUGUGCUAAUUAUAAAAGCAAAAUCAGCCUUGGACUUAAUAUAUUUAGGAUAUAUACAUCUCUCAUGUUAACAAGUCAAAAUUAAAGUCAAGUUGCAAGUUUUUAACUAGGUUGAUUCUCAGUUUUCUUUGUCUUUUUCUCCUUGAAAGACAAAGACAAAGAAAUUAAUAGUGUUGAAAAAUAUAAUGGAAACGUAGUUCCCGGACUGAUUCAGAGGCUACACAUCAAACAUACCCAGCUAACAUUACAAAAAUUAUUUUCUGUAGGAUUCACUAUAUAAUUCAAUUAUUCAUCAAGUGAACACCUUCAGGGAUUUUCUGGGAAUGCCUGAUAAUGGUCGCUUCAAUACUGUUCUGUUUGGAGGUAAUUAUGAUAAUUUUUAAAUUGUAUGUAGAAAACAUGUGGAAUAGCUGGUGCCAUACCAGGUAUUGGAGUUCUUUGGACAUCUUGGCAUUUCCUACACAAUGAUUCUUGUGAAAACUAUAACUACAUUAUAUUUAUUAUUAUUCCUGGUUCUGAAUGUGUUAACUGAGCCAUCAAAAAAAGCCAUACCAAACAGAUCACAAACUGGAUUCAUGGUCUGGUUCCUGAGUGAAUGCUUUCAGUAUGUGAGACUAAAACGUUUAAAGAAGAUAUAAAAAUUUUAAAAUUAUUUAAUUUUGUAUGCUUUAUAAUUAUUGUUUCAAUAUCAAAUAUAUGUUGUCCAAAAUCAGUGUUAAUAUUCAUAUUCUUUUAGAGAUUGACCAUUAGUUCUGUGUGUUUCCAACCAUUUCACACCUCCCCCUCCCCCCCAGUAUCCAGUGGAUGAAUUAUAUUCUUACUACAUCCAUGAACUUCUUUUAUGACAUUUUGCAGGGUUUCUAGGGUCCUUGUUCUCUCUUCUCCAGUUUUUGUGUUGUCCUUUAUUUGGUGCUGUGUCUGAUGUAUAUGGAAGAAGAUUACCAAUGAUAUUUUGCAUGGUAAGGCCUUCAAUGUAUUAAAGUGCUAAAUGAAACUAAAUAUAUUGAAAUCAUUUGAAGGUCCCCAACAUUGAGGAAUUUAUUGGAAACACUCAGGGUGUUCCAGUUUGCCCCCAGUCAUGAGUUGAGAAACACCAGGAUGAUUUUUCAUCCAGUCUUAUUGUCUGCUAGCUCCCAGACCACCAGCACUGUUCAUCAGUUCUGUUACAUUUGUAUGUCGAUCGCAAAUGGCCAUGCUCAAAACAUUGGGUUGUCCUUGCAUGAAAUACAAAAUAAUGUAUAUAUGUUAAUUAUGAUCCUCUGCCAUUAACAAUCCUCAUUUGAAAUAUAAAAGCUUGGGAACAAAAAUGAUAAUAAGAAGAACACGCUUACAGCGGCAUUCACGUCUCGCCUGCGUGGAGAUUAGAUUGAGAAAAGAGGAGGCGAUUAAUUCUACAAGAAACAAUGAUGAUUUCCUCGCUAAAGGUUUUUUACUUCCUACUUUAUCGAUGUCGAUACUUCGUAUUUGUUUCUGAAUUGAUUUAGUACGCGUGCUAGCGACGACCAAAAAUACCUCUGCAGUAGCAGGCUAUACGCAUGUAUAAAUACACGAAAAUUCAAGGGCCUGACAAUUCCAGAGAAAUUACAUCAUUGCCAGAUAUCGAAAAAGUGAUUUACAUGACAAGUCAUUUCAAUCAUUGCCGAAAAUGAAUCGCAUGCUUAUCACAAGACUCAUUUGCAUGCAGUGAGAAUUUACAACACCUGACCACCACAAUUUUGCUAAUUAAGAUUCUUAUUUUUUUCAACCACUCAGUAGUGUUCACUUGCUCCAAAGUAAUCAACGCUUUCAAGCGAUAGAAUUCAUGGGCCGACACGUUUCGGAAAAGCUCUAAAUUUAAUCUUUCCUAAGCUUUCUUCGCAAAACAUGCCCGGCUUCGAUCACACAACGAUUCUUAGUCCCAGUUUCCACUGUCUCUGCAAGGAACACCUGGCACAAUGACCUGCCUUUUGUGUCCUAAAAUACGACUAAAAAUUCUGGGGUGGUUACCUCCAGAAAAAUUGGGAGGGGUGCGCGGCAUGCUUCCUGAAACCCUUACCCUAUUUCAGACCAAAAUCUGUAAUUUUCCCUACCCACUAUUUCAGACCUGAUCAAAACUUUGAUACCCUUUUUCCUGGAGCCUGGCAUGUGACUGGAGCACGUGACAAGCUGUUAUGGCACGUACACGGUAGUUUACAUAAACAUAAAAAAGGGAAAUGGUCUUAUCGCCAAAUGAUGAAGAAGUAGCUAAUUCCUCUAAAAAACAUACCCAAUUUAAGACUAGAGUGUACAAACUAUACCGUAUUUCAGACCAAAAUGAUCGAAAUUGAUAUCCUAUUUCAGACCAAAACGGCUAAAAAAAACAUACCCUUUGGCACGGCACAUACCUAUAUAGCGUUUAUAAGGGACUACCCCCCUGGGGUGAAAAACGCAUUGCAGUUUAUGAGUCUCGCUGCUUACGCAAGCGAGACUAAUAAUAAUAUACCAACAAAUACCAAAUGGCUAAGUUAUGAAUUAGAUCAAGGAAUUAGAUGAUCAUUUUAAGUAAUUAAAUAAAGUGAAAUAGUAUUUUCACCAACAGAUUGAUUCAUUUUACCUAUUUUUUUUACUGGCAUUAAUUGUGAGAGAUUUUAAGAAUGUCCCUGCUAGAUCCCACUUUAACAGAUGUUUAUAUGCUAAUAAUUUGCAUUGCAUCUGUUUAGUCAGGAGUUCUGGUUUCUUAUAUUGUAUGGGCAUGUUCCUGGAACUUCACCAUCUUUGUCAUUGCUAGAAUCAUUGGUGGUUUGUGCAAAGGUAAUGUUACCAUCUCAACAGCCAUUGUUACAGAUGCCACGUCCGUGAAGAACCGAGGAAAAGGAAUGGUAUGGCCUUGGAACUAUAAUAAUGAUAUUGCUAUUUUAAUUUAUUUUAUUCUAAUUAUAAUUUAUCAUAAUUAUUAUGGUCAUUGUUGGGAAAUGGUGGAAAAGGUGGGAUCAGAAAUGUACCUGCACGUAGGUUGUCCUAAAUAAUUAUGUAGGUUCUUUUUUCAGGUAGAUAGGUGCUAAAAUUAGGAACGUACUUUUAAUAUGGAAACUCAACCAUGCUUGCAUACAGAGAUACUAGUAGACUAUGAGUAGUCCCCAUUUUUCCUCAGGGAUAGUAGGCAGCAAGCGACACGCUCGCGAGUCUGAAAAUCAACCCACACGAGAAGUGAGAGACGUGGCACUCAGAGAGAAAAAUGAGACACCGCCGCGUCUCACCUUUCUCGUGUCGGUUGAUUUUCACUCGCCCUUGUGUUUCUCUCACUCUACUAUCCUUGCGGAAAAUAGGGACUACUAGUAGUCUAUGAUACUUAAGUUGCUAAGAUAAAUACUUUAGUUUAAGAAUAAUACACAAAGUGAGAAUCAGAGGCCUCCAUCAUACAAGUAAUAUUGUAAUUUUCACGAGUUAGUUAUCUGCAGGUGAUCACUGUUGUUCCAAUGUCUUUUCCAAUAGGCCCUUGUUGGCAUAGCAUUCUCAUUUGGUUUUAUCAUUGGACCUGUGAUUGGUGCUGUGUUUGCAAGGAGAUCAACACUUAAUAGUGGAAAUCCCUAUCUACUACCAGCUUUGUUUGCCAUAACUUUGACAGUAGCAGAUAUUGUGUUUGUGUAUUUUUACCUCAAGGAGACACUGCCUAAAGAAAAAAGGGUAACUAUAUAAGUUUUUAUUCAUGUCUUUGUCUUAUUUUGUAGCUAUCAUAGAAGCUAUCAUUGUCAUGUAUGGUCAUCGUGAAAAGUACUUAAGCCUUUUAGUAUCAAAAAUGAAAUUUUUUAAUCUUUCCCUCCCUGAGUUUCUUAUACAUGUAUCUUUCAAGCAAGUCAGAUACAUCAACAUGGGGCCGCUUUAGAGUUACCAUAAGAUUGUUUUGACAAAGCCAACCGUUAAGUGUUUUUGAAAACAAGGUGUUACAAAAUAUUUAUUGAGAAAUAGUUUAGAUUGAUGAAUUAUGGUGUGCAAUGAUUCAUAUUAUAUUCCCUGCUGCAGGCACAGUCCUUAGUAUCACAAUUCAAAACAGCCAGUCAACUUCUCAAUCCUGUUUCACUUCUCAAAUUUGAUGCUGUAGAAAUCCGAUCUAGCAAAGAAGGUAAGUGAUCACACGGGGCAGGCCAGAGGUCUGGUGAAAGGUUUGAAUUUUUAAUACCUCUUCUAUUAUUUUCUCAGAUGACGUUUGGAUUUUUCAAGUGUCUUAACUGGUCUUUCAAAAAUUCUCAAAUAACUUUUUGAUUUCUAAAUGCAACCCAAUGUGUCUGUCGAUUUCUCAAUUGACGUUUGGUUUGUGACUGUAUUUUACUGGGAUAUUUUUGUCUCAGAGAAAGUUCUGCUUUUUAAGACGAUAGAUUAUGAAAUGAGGUUUAUAGAUAUAAGAUUAUCAAAACUUUUAACCGAGAAAACCACCCCUGAAAUCGGAUUCUAUUCGAGCAAUUAGAUAGCUAUUUCAAUAAAAGUGAAUAUUUGAAAUGUUCACCUUUAUACCGAUAAAUAACAAAUUCAUGUCAAAUUUUAUUUCAGGCGGGAAUUCGUAGCUGAAUAGACCUUUCGACGGGUUUUUUUCAACUUUUGACAUGGACAAGUUCGGGAAAAUCCGUCGACAUCAUUGAAAAGAGCGCCUAGAAUUAGUAAAAUUGCCGAGUUUGAAAGUGAUUUGUUGAAAACUAAUGUGAAGAUACAGCUCCUUUACAGACGAUUGUAUGGUUGCAGGGGGUACAAACGUUUACCCCACCCCACCAUACAAACGUCUGUAAAUUUUCGCAACUUUAAUUGCUGCGCUGUAUCUUCGCUCGCUAAAGACGUAUUACUUUCAAACUUGGCAACUUUGCUGUAAAUUUUAAGGCUCUCGUUUCAGUGGUGUUGACGGAUUUUCCCGAACUCUCUGGUCCAUAUGUAAAAAAAAGUUGAAAACACCGUGAAAAGGUCUGGAGUAGUGUCGGCCUGGACUCGAGACUGCUGAAUAUAUAAAAAAAACUGAUCUGAUGAACUAAUGUUUUGCGCUUGACAGAUUUAUUCCAAGAAUCAACCUUCUUGCCAACGUAACUAAAUUAUAAAGAGAAAAAAAAAAUCAAUGUAUCUAGUCCAUCUUCUCUUUUUUUUCCUUUCACCACUGCCAUUACCCUUUUAGGCUGAGUUUGGGUCGGUCGGUCGCAGUUUAUUUUAUUUCAUUAAAUAUCAUGUUCACGUAAGAUCGAUCUAUUUCCUUCCUCUUUUUUUUGAAAACGGCGAAAUAUGGGUCGGUCGGACACGAUUGAAAACGGAGGAAAAAUUCAUUGGGAAAUCUCCAUAUAGGUAGUAGCGCCGGACAAUAAUGACUACAAGAAUGACAACGAGUACACAAGAACAACUCGAGCCAGUUAGUGUUCUAGGGCAGCUUCCAAUCCAGUUUCCUGUUGCUGACCAUCGCAUAGUAAUGUAACUAAUAUGACCAUAGCACACUAAACGGUUUAAAAGCUAUUGCUUGUAGUCUAAUGAAAAGUAGCAGCUACCGUGACACACGGGACGCGGGCUAAACGUGAAAUCUCCCUCGGAGAAAGGCUCUGGUGAUCCAAAAAACGGACUCGUUUUUUCCAAUCAAAGACCGAUUCCAAAUUGGAAUCCGAUAUUGCUGAAUUAUAAGAGUUUCCUGUACAUGUGACUGCUGUGAUAGGGCUGCUAUGGUAAAAAAAAAGAAUGCUGUCAUUAUCAGGCCAAAAGCUACGUCAUUUUAGUUCCCCGUCACUGUCGCCAUCUUGUCGUUUGUGGUUAUUCAUCGGUUUCCUUUAAUAGAGUAUACCUGCCUCAGGUGUCAGCUAAAUACGAUACACGUGUCUUGAUUAUUUUUAGAUCUGAACACUGUCCGUGGCCUUGGUUUGGUUUAUUUUCUGUUUUUGUUCUUCUUCUCUGGACUUGAGUUCACGCUGACGUUUUUGACACAUAGGAACUUCAAGUAUUCUAGGUAAAGGGUUGUCUACAGCCACGUCACUAAGUAGUAGGCCACCGCACCUUAAUGUAAUAGUUAAUCUGUUGAUAUUGUUUAGUUAGUGCACACUUUGUGUAGACUAGUUGUUGGAGCUUGCGACGAUUAGCGACAAUUCCAGCCACAAAAUCGUACUAACCUCGUUUUCCUGGCACCAGCCUUAAGUUACAGUACAUUUCUGUUCAGCCACUGAGCCAGUUUAUUAUUAAUUCGAACGCUAAUUAAUUGAUUAAUUUAUCUGUGCUCGGACUGCAUAUUUUUCAGUAGGCAAAAUUAUAUAGAUAAAACUGGCAUAACUCAAAAGUCAGAUGCGAAGAUAAAGUCGUGCUGCUGUAAUUUUAGAUGCACAGUACGUAGCCGGCUUUCAAAAGAUGUGCCGGAAGAGGACGGCGGCUGCCCGCUCCGAGGCUAAACUAAACUGAGCACGUGUUUGCAUGACUUAAUUCAAGUCUUGUUUUUCAGCAUGCAGCAAGGAAUGAUGUUCUUCUUCAUAGGAAUCACAAUGGCGCUUGUGCAAGGUAUUUGGUGUCCUUCAGCAAUGCCUGUUAUUGUACAUGGUGUAAGAAGUGUUUUUCUCAAAGCUUACAUUCAGGCUGGACGUUUCCUCAGAUUCAUUUUCGCCGUGCGUUUGUUCCGUUUAGUAUAACAAAUGACUCAAGUACAAAGAUGGUUUGAACUUGCUUUAAAACUGGCCUGAAAAAAAAAAAGAGAUCCUGAAGAUCUCAGUUUCAUCAUUCAUGAAAUAUCGGGCUCACAAGAGACAAAUCGCACAUGCGCACUCUCAACUAUCCACUUUGACCUUAGCUUUGUCUUCAGCACACUGAGUAUAAAAAGUUGGUGUAAUCUGAAAUUUGUUUUUAUUCAAAAAUAUAAUACAUACCAUAAGUAACAACGAUUUGAUGGUGUACUUACAUGUAAACCUCAAGGCAUAAUAACAUAUUAAAUAACCAGUAAGGUUAAUUGAAAAUUCUCCCCAGCGCCGGCCGGCUGCCGGGCCCUUGUAGCAGAGUAUCUUCCGGGUGAAGUUGUUAUUUUAAAAGUUCAUUUGGUUAUUUUUCAGGUGGUUAUGUUCGGAGACAACCUCCAGGCUCUGAAAAGAAAACAGCUCUUAAGGUGCAAUUCUUAGUAACUAACUUCCUUAACUAGACUCGCCGUGAAAAGGAAUUUACUGGUAGAAACCUGCACAAACAUAUCAUUGCCAAACGUUUAACUUUGUUGUGCUUUAGCGCUUUUCCGCCAUUAUUGUUUAACAGGUAAUAAUUUCAGGAGGUAGGAUUUUGUCGUCUGAGUCAGAUAUAAGAGAAUGAUGUGUUGUUAUUGUUGCUGUUGUGCUUUUGCAAGUUGUGGUGUGUGUUCGUUGCUUAUAUUUUGUGUGUUUUCUGUUUGUUCGCCGGCAGGGCAUGGCAGCCAUUAUGCCUGCAAUGAUUAUUGUUGGUUUGGCUAAGACAAUCCCAACUCUUUACACUGGACUUGCUCUCUUUUCAUUUGGUAAGUUGUUGGCCCCUGUGUCUCCAUUUUGCUACUUCAUUCAAAAGCGUUCACGAACGCUCGCACUGAUUCAUCCGUUAGUCAGGAAUAUACAAUGCACUUUGUAUCACCUUUUUUUUUUUUUCCUUUACAGGUUCUGCCACAGUAGUACCUUGUUUGACAACUAUGAUUUCUCAUCACGGUAAGACCGGCUGGUAACAAACUAACACUGAUUAGAGCCCGGCUCCCAUUGAAAAUCUUCUUUCAAAAUAUGAGUAUUUUGUUAAAUACAGUUUAUGGUCGUUUUUUUUACACGACUAUAACCAUGUGAUCAUAGGAGUUCAUUUAACAGCCCCCAAUGAAGCGAAUUUUGUAGUGUUUGAUGGGACAUUAAUGAAGGGAAUGGUUAGCAUCCUCUUGCCAGUGAACAAUCUUUGAAAUAAUUCUUUCGCCUUCUUUCACAUUGAAUAUUACGGUAAUUGUCCUUUUUUAAAAGUCACGCGGAGUGGAUAAUCCUCACCGGAACAAACAAGGAGAUAACGUUUUCCAGCGGAAUUAAUUAUUUAUGAUCUCUAACUUCGAUUUCCCACAGGCAAUGACGACCAAAAGGGGAAAGUCAUGGGUAUAUUCAGGUCUCUGGGCGCCUUGGCCAGGGCAGUUGGUCCUGUAGUAAGCUGUUCUGUCUACUGGAGUGUGGGUUCGUUUUGGUGCUACUUCGUUGGAGCCCUCCUGUUUAUGAUCCCCAUGCGGCUCCUCGUGAAAUUGCCCGCUUUACGUUUUCGUAAUUAGAAUUUGAAAGCCCAAGUGAAUGUUCGAGCAGAAAAUGCCGUAUCAGUAUUAUUAUUUUAUUAUUACUAUUGUUAUUGUCCUCAUUAUUAUUAUCAUUAUCAUUCUUCGUCUGAUUAUUAUUAUUAUUUUUUAAUAUUAUUAUUAUUACUGUCAAGCAUUUCUCAAUGUUUUCAUUUGUAUGGACGGCAUACGGAACAGUAGGAAAGUACUGCUUAAAGGUUGCAACCUGGAUCUGCAAAAAGUAUUUAAAAUCUUAAAGAUUAUUUUACACCCGAAUAAAUCGUUGCUUUUGAAUAUUUUUAUUUGAAGUUGUCAAGAACGAAAACACGUUAGCUAGCGCUCAGGUAAUUCACGUAAGAU